AUGCUCCUCCACAACAACAGCAAUUCCAUCGACGACAUUCGCUUCGGCCAUACCUUCCUGGACAUUUACAAUCUCACCGGCGGCGAGGAAAUCUACAAACUCGCUGCUGAUGGGUUGAAGGACCAGAUCGAUCGGAGUUUCAGGACCCCUGAUGGAGGUUUCUAUCAUCGGUAUCCGGUGUACAUCGAUCAGAUGUGGCUGGAUGGGAUUUAUAUGCUUGAUGUCUUCUAUGCGAGAUUGACGUGGGAGUUUCAGCCGGAGAACACUACCGCGUGGGACGAUGUCGCUCUUCAGUUUGAUCUCAUUGACGCAGGUACUAGAGUGGACGGUGGUCUCCCUGUCCACGGUUUCGAUGUGAGUAGGGCGGCGAGCUGGGCAAAUCCGGAUAAUGGGACUGCGCCACAUGUCUGGGGCCGAGCUGUGGGCUGGUAUAUCAUGGCUCUGGUUGAUACGCUUGACUACUUUCCAGAAAGCCAUGCGGGCCGCGCAAGGCUGUUGUCUUACUUCCAGUCGCUGGCGGAUGCGAUCGUCGAAGCCCAGGAUCCUGUGCACAAGGGCUGGUACAAUGUCAUGACACCGGGAUGGGAGUCGGUUUCUGGCAAUUAUAUCGAGAGCUCGGGAUCUGCUAUGUUCGUAUAUGGUCUACUGAAAGGUCUCAGACUAGGUUACCUUGAUGAUCAGAAGUAUCGCACAGCUGCGCUGGAUGGGUAUGAGCUCAUGACGGAUACGUUCACACAGGAACGCGAAGAGGAUGGAGCACUUUCUUACCAGUGGACUGCUCAGACCGGCAGUCUGAGCUCCAAUGGCACCUUCGAAUACUACGCCAGUAUGCCGCUGUUUGAGAACGAUCUGAAGGGCGUGGCUCCUUUCCUCUUCUCCGCACACGAGUAUGAGCUCUACGUCGAGGCCAAUGGCAUGUGA